CCCACGGUCUGCUACUGCCUUCAACCCAACAAGCCUGCAGCAAUGACGUUUAAUGGAACGUGGAAAGCUGAUCGCAACGAGAAUUAUGACAAGUUCAUGGAGCAAAUGGGUAUAGGCAUCAUGAAGCGCAAGCUGGCUGAACAUGACAACCUGAAGAUCACUAUCGAGCAGACUGGGGACAAGUUCCACAUCAAAGAGUCCAGCACCUUCCGCACCAAAGACAUCGACUUCACCCUGGGUGUCAUAUUUGACUACAGCCUGGCCGAUGGCACUGAAGUCUCAGGCAUGUGGGAGAUGGAGGGUGACAUGCUGAAAGGCAAAUUCACCAGGAAAGACAACAACAAGGUCCUGACCACCACCAGAACUAUGGUGGGCGGAGAACUUGUGCAGAGUUACAACUACGAGGGAGUGGAUGCAAAGAGAAUUUUCAAGAAGCAGUAACCUUGAGUCUGAAGUUCAGAUUUUAUUUUUAUAUAGAUGACAUAAUGUAGAUUUAUGUGUUUGUUUUCAAACUAAAAGACAAGUCCAAGUUUCCUGAUAUUCUACUUCAUAUACCUCAAAAUGUGGGCAUUUUUUUGAGAGCAGCGACAAGCACCUUCUAUGAGGGCAAUAGAGGAAAUGGCAGCAAAAACCACCAACUAAUCCCUUCAUAUACUUAAGAGAACUAACAACUAAUUACACACAGCAGAACAGACAGGUACAAAUAUAAUCACAAUGAUAGUGCCUUAGAAACAAUCUUUCAAAACAGCACCUUACAAAAGCCAAAAGAUUGAUUAAAGGGUUGAUUCACCCAAAUUACACAAACUAUAUUUUCUCACUGACCUCUAGUGGUGUCUAGUCAAGCAAAUAGUUUUGGUUUAGUCACCCCGAGUGCUACAAUGGAGGGGAAUGCCUUUCAGUUUGUGUUGCUCACCACAUCGAAAAGUGUCAUUUUUAAGAAAUCAACAGCCCCAUGUGUUACCCGAAACAAUGGCCGAGUUGUUUGGGUGGGGUAUAUUGUUUCAGGUCAUGCAUGUUACUGUUGAGACUUUUUAAUGUAAUUUUCAAUGCUGUGACCGACAUCAAGUGAAAUUCUUUCACCUCCAAUGUAUUUUGGCAACGGCAGAAUUGUUAGAGAUGGAAAUGGAAAUAGACAGCACUAGAGGUUAGACACUGUGUUUUCUUGUGAUCUGGGUGAACUUACCCUUUAAAUGUUUCCAACAGUGGAAAUAAACAUGUUUCUUAAAGUUGACUACACCAUGCUGCUACACUAGUCUUCACCAUUGUGAGGGAAGCAGCUCACAGCAUCACAUAGUGGAAGAUCACACUAUUACACUCAGUUCAUUAGGUGUUAUGUGUCGUUACCUGACUAGGAAAUCAUUCAUUUUGCACUAAAAGGUUCUGAUUGUCUGAUGUUUGUAAUGAAUAAAAUGUCAUAUGUCA